AUGCCCUCCAAUGGCAGUAAAGCCCUCAAGCUGCAAUUCGGGCUUAUAAACCACGAGAAUCGCUAUUUAACGGCCGAAGCCUUUGGCUUUAAAGUAAAUGCUUCAGCUUCAGGUCUCAAGAAGAAGCAGAUAUGGACCCUGGAGCAGGAUGAGCGGGACGGCCAGGUGGUUUUUCUGCGUAGUCACCUAGGUCGCUACCUGGCCUCCGACAAAGAUGGAAAAGUGAGUUGCGAGGCUGAGACGAAAGAGAACGACUGCCGCUUUCUAAUCGUGGCACAGUCGGAUGGACGUUGGGCCUUGCAGUCUGAGCCAUAUCUGCGUUUCUUUGGAGGUUCAGAUGACUACCUAUCUUGCUUUGCUCAGACCAUUGGUGAAGCAGAACUGUGGGCCGUCCACCUGGCCCUUCAUCCCCAGGCCAAUCUGCUCAGCGUGGCCCGCAAACGCUAUGCCCAUCUGGCAGCCCCUGAGGGAGAGAUCGCUGUGGACAGCAACAUCCCAUGGGGUGUGGACGCUCUUCUUACUCUUGUGUACAUGAAUGGCAAAUACUGUCUUAAGACCAGUGACAGCCGUUUCUUGAGCAAUGAUGGGAAACUGUCCAUCGAAAGCGGCCGUGGGACAGGUUACACCUUGGAACUCAAGUCAGGCAAGUUGGCCUUCAAGGACUAUGAGGGGAAAUACUUGACACCCAUGGGUCCCACCGGAACCCUGCGUUCUGGACGCUGCUCCAAACCUGGCAAAGAUGAACUGUUUGAUCUUGAGGAGAGCCAUCCACAAGUAGUGUUUCAGUCUGCCAACAACAGAUUUGUCUCUAUCCGACAGGGAGUGAGCGUCUUGGCCAAUCAGGACGAUGAGACCGACAUGGAGACGUUUCAAAUGGAAAUCGACAAGGAUUCGAAAAAGUGCACGUUCAGAACGAACGAAGGAAAUUACUGGACGCUGGUCGCUCACGGAGGCAUUCAGUCAACAGCCACAGAAGUAGGUGCCAACACAAUGUUUGACAUAGUGUGGCUCGGUCGACGGGUGGCACUGCGAGCCAGCAAUGGAAAAUAUAUUUGCACCAAGAAAAAUGGCCAGCUUGCUGCAGUCAGCGACUCUGUGGGUGAAGAUGAGCAACUGGUUCUUAAACUGAUCAAUAGGCCCAUUCUGAUUCUUAGAGGAGAAAACGGCUAUGUGUGUAACCACAAGAACUCAAAUAUACUGGACGCCAAUCGUUCGGUUUAUGACAUAUUUACCCUGGACUUCAAUGACGGUGCAUAUCACAUUAAAGGUGUUGGUGGAAAGUUCUGGUAUGUGUCCAACAGUGGCUUGGUGUGCUCUGAUGGAGACACACCAGAAGAUUUUUGCUUUGAAUUCCUAGAGCAUGGACGAAUAGCGAUAAGGGCUAAAAAUGGCAAAUACCUCCGCGGAGACCAAGGUGGCAACCUGAAAGGGGAUGGGGAGACUGCAGACAGCUCUUCUCUCUGGGAAUACUGACACCAUGUGGACAUUUAAGGAACUGUUACUGUGUCACAUUUUGGAUGUACAGUUGUGGGGCAACCCAUUGGUAAAAUGGAGUUUUACAGUUUGGACACCUCUGUCUUCUCAUCAGUCAGCGUUUUGAUGUAGUUUCAGUAUAUGUACACAUUACAUGCUUAUAUGUUUGUGGAGAAUGUAAACUGAACCAUUAAUGUAUUACACAUGGAAAUUCAUAUGUAUUGUUUAUCUUUGUUUAUGUUAUUUAUAACCCAUUGUCUUUUUGUCUUUUAAAUUGUAUUAUUUGUUACCUUUUGUCAAUGUAUGUCAGUUCCAGGAAAAGCUUAUUUUGUACUCUGGGGUGACAGCCUGCUGUGUUUGUUAUAAUGACAUAAGGUCAUAUAGGCUAUACAUUAUAUAUAAGUGUUCCUCUAGAAAUAAACUUAGACAGAAAUGAAACAACAGGGCAAAAACAGGCUACACAGUAAUUACUUCUUUCUGUCCUAAUGAGAGGAAUCAGUAUUAAUCCAUUUUAUUUCCUUUUAUUUCUCCUUUUAUCCAUCUGGAAAGAUUUAACAAUGAUUACAAAUAAAACCCUGUCUCUGAAUUUUGUGGGAAUUAAUCUCAUUUACUCUAACCUGGUUUUAAAUUAAAUUCAUUGAUUCUGUUUUAAAUUUAAUUGGCUUCAGAAUUGUGUCCCAGCAGUGUGUGCUGUUGCCAUGUGUACUCCACAGGUGGGAGCAGUGUACUUAUUGCUACCAGCAGAGAAAGCACACCAUUGUUUGUUAAGGUUUAAGUGUCGUCUUUGACAAAUUUAAAGUGUCUGCUGGUUGCACCAUUCAGUUAGAAGAUCUUCAGAUUUCCAAUUUUUGGGAUCAUAAGCCUUAGUAACCACUGUAUCGGUGAGAGAGAGAGAGAGAGAGAGAGAGAGAGAGAGAGAGAGAGAGAGAGAGAGAGAGAGAGAGAGAAUGUUGAAAGCAGAAUUGGAAAAAUCAGCCAACAGGUUGCUAAAUUUAAAUGAGAAGGGUGCACCUGAAUUGCAAUUUCAA